AUGGCGGGGUCGCUUAUCGGCUUAUCCCGAGACCCUCAACUUGAACUCUGCAACAGCCCCUCCAUCAUCACCUGCAGCCAACCCACCUAUAGAACAUCACUACAGAACUUCAGAAUGACGGACGCGAAACAAUUCAAGCCCGCCCUCAUUAUCGUGGACUUUCAAGAGGACUUUUGCCCACCAAACGGCUCCCUCCCAGUCCCAGAAGGCCGCUCCAUCGCCACCCCAAUCAACACCCUAACCUCCCUCCCCUUCCCCCUCAUCCUCGCAACAAAAGACUUCCACCCGCCAACACACGUCUCCUUCGCAUCCAACCACCCCUCCGCGGAACCCUACACAUCCUCCACCGUCAUCAUCCACCCCCACGAUCCCUCGCGCACGUACGAGACGACACUCUGGCCGACGCACUGCGUCCAGGGUACCGAGGGCGCGGAGCUGGUCCCUGAGCUGGAUGUCUCAAGGGUGCAUGCUGUUAUUGAGAAGGGACAGGAUGAGAGGGUAGAGAUGUAUAGUGCUUUUUAUGAUCCGUUUCGGCUGAGUGAUAGUGGGUUGGCGGGCAUGCUUAACGAGCAGGAGGUUACUGAUGUUUACGUUGUUGGUCUGGCGGGUGAUUAUUGCGUCAAGGCUACAGCGGAGCAUGCUGUUGACGAGGGAUAUAGGACUUGGAUCGUGGAAGAGGGUACAAGGCCUGUCAUGCAGGACACGUGGGAAGAGUCCAAGAGGGAGAUGGAGAAGAAGGGCAUCAAGUUCACAUCCAUGGACGGCGAGGCUGUUGCUAGAGUAAAGACAUUCACUUAA